CGCGCCGCGCGCCGAUUGGCCGGCGGGCUCGGCGGUGGGCGGGGCGGGGAGAAGCGCAGGGCGGCCAUGACGGCGCACAGCUUCGCGCUGCCGCUCGUCCUCUUCUCCGCCUUCUGGGGGCUCGUGGGCGUCGCCGCCCCCUGGUUCGUGCCCAAGGGGCCCAACCGCGGGGUGAUCAUCACCAUGCUGGUCACCACCGCCGUGUGCUGCUACCUCUUCUGGCUGAUCGCCAUCCUGGCGCAGGCCAACCCCCUGUUCGGGCCGCAGCUGAAGAACGAGACCAUCUGGUACGUGCGCUUCCUCUGGGAGUGAGCCCCGCGCCACAACGGAGAGCCCCCCCCGUCGUCACCCUCCUGCCACUGUUCCAGCAUCUCCCCUCCCCGUCCCAGGCAGCCCUCAGAGGUGCUGGGCCAGAGGCCGGACCCGCAGCCCCAGCGCACCCUGAGCUUUGCACCCCCGCCGGCUGCAGGCAGUGCCCCUGCCUGGGAUGAGGAGCUCGUGCAGGCAGGAACCUCCCUGCGGUCCCUGCUGGGGCAGGUUCUGGCUGUGGAUGGCAGAAGGGAAGGCUGGUGCUGCAGGAGGAUGUGAGCUGGCAGGGGUGUGAUGCAGGAGGUGCUGGGGUGUCGGGCAGGGGGCUCUGCCUGGCAGCCUGGGGCUGAAAGGGGGCCCUGCCAUCUCCUGCCCCAGCAGCAAGGGUGCUGCAGCAGUGUCUAGGUACCGCCGUCAUUCCUACCCAUGUCCAUGUUCUGAGAACUCACAGACUUGUCCUGUGCCCCUAUUUAUCAGAUAACUUAUCUGUAUUUAUUUAUUUGACUGUGCUAAGUUGGUGUUGUGGAAAUAAAUCCUUUUUUAGUAAGUGAUGCUGGAAGCAGUCACUUGCUGCUUGGAGGCAGA